AUGACGACCUUGAUUUCUUCCAAGUUGGCUCCAGCCAGCCCCAAUAAAUCAGAAGGCGAGGAUGAGGAGGAUGAAACAAUUGAAAGCUUUAUGGUUCUGAUCGAAUAUUACAAUACGGCACUGCUGCAAAUACCAAUGCUGUUCAGCCCGGACAAAAAGCUUAGUGAGGUUCGUAAUGAACUCGAAGCAACAGAACGUCGCGGUAGGCCCAUGAUGACAGAUGAGAUGAAUUUUUAUACUUAUGGACAUUAUGCCAUACCACACGAGUUUCAUGGCUUAAUUCGAAGACUUAACCUAAGCCACGGUGUCAUCAUUUACGACGGAGGUUUACAGCAAUCACAAACGCCCCAAGAAGCUUUUGAGUUUAUUGACAACCAGUACAAGUUAUCGAAACAAAAUUCUUCAACAGAUUAUAAAGUCAGCUGUAAAACCGACUAUGACAUUGAUCAGUUACAUAAGAUUGGUUUUACAGGGAGUUCAGAGUUGAAAAUACCAUGGCGGCCAGAUGGGCUCUCGUUAAAGGCUGAGCCUUGGAGCGGCAACGAUCGCAGUGGGUAUAGAGUAGGCGAGCCAACGCAUACUAUUACCGAGUUCGUCAAAGCGACUUUAUUUAUGAGCAAAGAAUAUGUAAGACCGUCAGCAAGCUUUAAAAACGAAGUUGACCAAGCGUUGAGUCUUGAUGAUAUUAUUGCUGUCCGUGCAAAAUUAAUGGAAAUAUGUGAUAGAUAUGGACCGUUCUGGCCUAGAAAGGUACAGCUCGGAGGAAGAAUUACGAAAAGUGAGCCGGAGCGAAAGAGACUGGUAACAGAUUUCGAUGAUUUCGAUGAUUUCGAUGAUAGCACUGUAACAGACAUUUAUACCAAUGUCAUUGGUGGCAAUGAAAUCUUGUACAUGGAAGAUGGAGACGCAGCAAAAUGGGCGGAAUCUCUCAAUUCCAUUUCGUCGUGGAAAAUUCUUAGAUACGAAGAUGUAGUCAUAAUAUUCGAAAUAUUUGAUGAGGAAACCCGAAAUCAUAUUCUCCAGGCAUUUUGGGGAAGCAUUCUCUAUCACGACAUUCAGAAAGUAGAAGCAGUCUUUGGCCCGCAACAUAAAGACAUUCAUAAACGAUCGAUUGACAUCCCAGAACACUUGCAUGCAAACAUGGAUCGCCUUCAAGUUUACGUGACUCUUCUGCGCAAGGAUAAUGCAAAGGAUGCAUUCUGCAUAAGUACCGCACGCAGCCCUAAAGGAAUUCCGGAAGUUUGUAUCCAUUAUACAGGUCGAAAGCAGAUUCCUCCAAAGACAACCAAAGUCUUUAGUUUGAGUUUGGCUGUCAUUGUCACUGGAUAUCCUCCUUCAUUUAUUCUGGAGAAGCCAAACGAAAAUAUUUGUGUGAGAUCUUUCAGUCUGCCAAUACAAAAAGUCGGAAACAAGUUUAUCGCGAAAAUGCCUCAAAGGAGUUUCAAGCAAACUGCCAUCUUGGCUACAUGUUACACUUCGGAUGAGGCAGGGCGAAAUAGUCUAAUGAGCGUAGUGAACAAGUCUAACGAUCCUCUGAUAGUCGGAACACAUCUUCACGUAGAUGACGGUGUUAAACUCUGUGCUUUUGGCUACUGGGUUAAGGAAGACGGUUCGUAUGAGCUUCACGACAAACUGGAUACGGAAAACUUUCGAAUAGCUUAUUCCAUUAUCACCGAUAUGGGAGGUGAUGAGGCAAUGGGAACUUUUAAUUUUCCAUUGAAAUGGCCAACUAAACGGACGCCCGGACCCGCAAAUAAUUUGUUGGAAACUGCCGAAUACAAAGCAAUGGCGAACAAAAUCCAUUUGAGAAAGCCGAUGUUUGCAGGAAAGAAUGAGUGCUAUACAAUGUGUGGUAACGCAGUCUUUAAGCAAGGAGAAUGCGUACCAGGGUUUAUAACUUGCUAUCCUAGCCAUAUGCAGUUCUGGACUUUUGAUGAUUACUCGGAUACACAAGGAGAAUUUACAUAUUAUAUCCCGAGACUUAGUAAUACUUUCAAUCAUAGAAUAGGCAAGAAAAUGGGGAAAAGAAUUUCACAGGCAUAUUAG